AUGGCUACGUUGGCGAAUUCUUUUGCUAAGGAUGGGGCUGCGACCGCCAUCAUCAUCCCCCAGAAACCCUCUCCGCUGACGAUAUCUUAUCAGCAACUGAAUGCCGAAGUGGCUAGUUUCCAGAAGAAGCUGGCAAAGCUGGGCAUUCGUCCUGGGGAUGCGGUCUCAAUUGCUCUCCCUAAUUCAUAUGAGUUUAUAGUUUCUUUCCUGGCUGCCACCUGGCAGCGGGCCAUUGCCGCGCCGCUUAAUCCGGCCUACAAACAGGAAGAAUUCGAGUUCUAUAUAGAUGACCUGAGUUCUGCCUUGACUGUGGUGCCCAGAGGCUUUUUCGAGAAGGACGGACCCGCUGUGAGGGCUGCUCGAAAGUACAAGGCCGCGAUUGCUGAGUGCUACUGGGACGGAAAGGAAAUCGUACUGGAUGUGAAAGAGCUGGGAAAGCUGGCAGGAAAGGGCAAUCAGAAGGUUGAAACGGCACAGCCUGAUGACAUUGCCCUUGUGCUACACACCAGUGGCACGACUGGUAGACCAAAAGCUGUCCCGCUCACCCACCGAAACUUGACGCGGACUAUGAAGAACAUCCAGGCCACUUACCAAUUGUCGCCCGAGGACCGAACCCUCCUUGUUAUGCCAUUGUUCCACGUGCACGGACUGCUCGCCGCGUUUCUUGCACCGCUGUAUUCAGGAGGUUCGGCAAUCGUGCCUCCCAAGUUCUCUGCAUCCGAGUUCUGGACGGACUUCAUCACUCAUAAAGCGAAUUGGUAUACGGCGGUGCCCACGAUCCACCAGAUCUUGCUCAAGACGCCCUUGCCGAAUCCGAAGCCGAAGAUCCGCUUCAUCCGGUCGUGUUCUUCGCCACUGUCUCCCAAGACUUUCCAUGAUCUGGAAAAGACGUUCGAGGCCCCGGUGUUGGAGGCGUAUGCCAUGACGGAAGCAGCGCAUCAGAUGACCAGCAACCCGCUUCCACCCGGGAAACGAGUCCCAGGAAGCGUGGGAUUCGGACAAGGUGUCGAGGUCAAAAUCUUGGACGAGAACGGCAACGAGGUGCCGCAGGGCAAAGAGGGGGAGAUAUGCAUCCGUGGUGAGAAUGUCACCAAGGGAUACCUGAACAACCCGUCUGCCAACAAGUCGUCGUUCACCAAGGACGGUUUCUUCCGUACUGGCGACCAAGGCAAGAAAGACGCCGACGGGUACGUGUAUAUCACGGGCCGCAUCAAGGAGCUCAUCAACAAGGGAGGAGAGAAAAUCAGCCCGAUUGAGCUCGACAAUGUGCUGGCAACCAACCCGAAGAUUGCGGAGGCGGUGUCCUUUGCAAUUCCGGACCCGGGUCACUACGGGGAAGAUAUUGGUGUCGCGGUCGUUCUGAAGGGAGACAGCUCUGAAGAAGAGCUGAAGACGUGGAUGGCAGGGAAGGUUGCCAAAUUCAAAGUUCCGAAGAAGAUCUGGAUUCUGAGAGAGAUCCCCAAGACGGCGACGGGCAAGAUCCAGCGCCGCAAGGUCGCCGAGGAAAUGCUCAAGAAGGAAGAGCGGCGGUCGAAGCUGUAA